UGUUUUUUUGAAGGUGCUGGGUUGCCAAUCUAUCUUCAGUUUGUUUUUUUCCAAUUGGCCCAAGUAAAGGGGGAGAAUUUCUUUUAACUACAUAUAAUUUCUCAAUAUUAUAUAGCCAAUAUUUUUCAUUCUUUAUAUUCUGCUGUUUUAAAAGAAAAAUGGGGUGGGACAAAGGGAUAACCCAUGAGAUCAACAAACUUUUUAUCUUGAUGGUUAUUUGAGUCUGGGGAUUUUGAGGCUCUUUGGAGAUUAUGGGGGUUAUUUUGGGAGGCAGUUGCCAAUUUCGUCCUUCGCUGAGUCUUUCACUGUCUUUCACUGAACGGCGAGAGAGCUGAGCGACACAAGAGUCAAAUUGGCUUAAAUUGCAAAUGUUGAUAUUUUGGGUGUAAUAUUAGAGCCCUUGUCACAUUUUAGUCGUCAUUCUAUCACAGCUACUGCUUCUAUUUUUAUUUUUUUUGCUUUUAAAUUCCUCUAACCAACCAAUUUUUCUUCAAUAACUUCCCCCCAAACUCUCCCCUCACCUCUAUUCCUUUCUCCCUUAUUUUUUCUUUUUGAACCGUUCUAUAAGCAUAUUGAUAAAAAAAUAAUAUGUACACAUACUCAUUGGCCACUUUUGUCAUUUUAUUUUUUCCUUUUCUUUUUUGGGCUCAAAAAUGGCUUAAAAUGGGAUAAAAAUUGGGAAAAUUUUAUUUAAUUUUGUUAAUUUAAAUACUUAAAAAGAUUUUUAAUUUUUUCCAACAAAUAAAUGAGAAGGGGGGGGGGGGGGGGGUUUGGGGUUUUAAAUUUUUAGGUGAAUGUUGCUUCUAAAUGUAGUUUACUUUUAUUUAAAUUUUUUUUAAUUUUUCAGUUAAAAAAGAUUAGAAAUGUCCUUCUCUGCAAUUAAAAAGACUAUAAAUAAAGCAAAUCAAUAUAUUAGUGAAUCUGUUGGAGCAGCAGAAGCAACUAAACUUGAUGAUGAAUUUAAUGAAAUGGAAAGGAAGGUCGACUUAACCAAUGAAUUGAUUACUCAAUUGGUUACUGGAACAAACGAAUAUUUACAACCUAAUCCAGCAAUAAGAGCAAGAAUAGCUACUCUCGGAGCAGUUUCAAAACUUAGAGGGUCAGCAAAAAGUCAGGCUUAUCCACAAACUGAGGGAAUGCUAGCUGAUACAAUGACUAAAUAUGGAAGAGGUUUAGGCUCCCAAUCUGAUUUUGGAAAGGCACUUUGUGAUGCUGCUGAUGCUUUUCGUCAAAUGGCAGAUAUAAAAUAUCAACUUGAAGAUACUGUUAAACACAAUUUUCUUGAUCCUAUUACUGACUUUCAAAAUAAUGAACUUAAAGAUUUUAAUGGUCACAGGAAUAAAUUAAAAGGACGACGUUUAGAUUAUGAUGCUAAAAAAAGGAAACAAACAAAGGAAGAUGACUUAAUUCAAGCUGAAGAAAAAUUGGAAGAGUCUAAACGUUUAACUGAGAAGGCAAUGUUCAACAUUUUGAAUAAUGAUGUUGAACAGAUUAGUCAAUUGACUGCACUGAUAGAUGCACAACUCAAUUUUCAUCAACAAACUGCAAAUAUUUUGGAAAAUCUCAAAUUACAACUUAAUUCAAGUCCAAUGCCUAUGAUGAAUAAUUCUUCACCGAUAGAAAAUGUGCAGUCAAAUAAUGGUGUCUCAAAAGGAGGGAAAUGUAAAGCAUUGUACGACUUUCAAGCAUUAAAUCCGGGAGAGCUUGAUUUUAAAGGUUUUUUUUUUGAUUCUGAAAAUAAAAUGGGAGAAAAUUUUGGGAAAUCUUCUGUGGAAUGUGAAUAUAGUGUAAUAUGAAAAAGAAAGCGGACUUCGCAAUAGGACUCUAUAGAAUGGCAACAAAAAAUAUAUCGAUUCGGACUGACAGAAAACAAUGUUCCCUUGUCAGCUUGACCAGAGUAAUCGAAUGAUAUGUGGAUC